AGGCUCUGUGGGGGAACUUGGAGCUGUGCGGGGAUCAUUUGUGUUGCAAUGUGCCGCUUUGGACCGAGGUUUGGAGACACUGAACGAAGCUCCUCAUCCAGCGUCUGUGCGCCCUCGUCCUGCACGGAGCAGCUGUAGCUCCUCCACUGUAGAAAGACUGCUUCCUCCAGAAUAUGCCUUGUCUCCAUGGUAACAGACCUCAGGCAGACCCAGAAAAACCUUGGGCCAGACUCGUCCACUCUUGUCCAACCUACCUUUUCCUGGACUGCACUGAAGAGGUUUUUAACAAGAAUUCAGACAUUUAAUGACUCUUUAUAUAUUUGUAAUGUUCUCUAUUAAUCAUUUUAGUCAUUUUACCAGUUAGAGUGCAUUCACAGGACCCAGAAUGCCUAAAAUAUUGCCUGAAAAUUUAAGUUGAUAUCAUUUUAGAAGGUAUUACUUUCUACUCUGUUGGUACUCCAAUGCAGAGGACUUUCUAUACAUCCCUUAAACCAAAAGGAAAACAUUAUUCAGAAGUUUGCUUUCCUUGAUCAUUAUGUCAGGGAUAUAUUCAUUCUCAAUCAGGGUAUCUUAAACUGGGAAACACCAGUCCCAAACUGGUCUGAGAGGAGCCCUAAACCAGGACCAGGAUGCACCAGCUGUUCAGUCAGGUGCUGGGGCAGAGGGAUCUAUCCAGAGCGGGGGAUCUGUUUUCUCUGGAGGACGCAGAGAUUGAAGACUGUCUGUCUCAGGCUCUGGACCAGAUCAAGGCCAUCUCCUGCUCACCGGACUAUUUGACCAAUGACAAUGACCAGGCUGUGGUGGAGAUUUGCAUAACGCGCAUCACCACGGCCAUAAGGGAGACGGGCUCCAUCGAGCAGCACAGCACGGCGCUGGUGGGGCUGUGGGAGUCGUGUCUGGAACAUAACCUCACCCCGCAAGGUGAAAACACAGAGGACACGCCGCACGCCAAGAUAGCCUCCGACAUCACCAGCUGUAUCCUGCAGAACUACAGCUGUCCGUCAGUCAUGGUGCUGGCCGUCCCGGUAGCGGUGCGGUUCCUGCAGAGAGGGAACAGGGAACUGAGCAGGAACAUGUCCAGUUAUCUCUCCCUGGCUGCUAUUGCCAAGGCUGAUCUGCUGGCUGAACACACAGAGGCCAUAACACUCAGUGUGCUGGGAGGUAACCACAUGCUGUUACGAGUGUUGCCCUCAGUCUACCCCAGACAACCAGAUACCAUCCACUGUCACCUAGGCAACCUCACAGCGAUGAUGUCACAGCUGGAGUCCCCAGAGCAACACCAUCUGAUCAGACUCAUUCAAAUGGUUGCCGAGCAACAUCCCCUUAUGUUGAGCCCUCAGGUUCCCGCACUAGUCAGUUAUCUAGGAGACCAAUCCCUAACUGAGGCCCUACUGGGCGCACUCGUGGACGUGUCCCAGGCCAGCCCUUCCUCACUGGUCAGCUUUCUGCCAGCGCUGAGGAUUGUGGGAAAACAAUGGCCUGCUCUACUGGGUCACGUGGCCAAAAUCCAUGGUGCCGUGGGUAUCAUCAGCGAGACUCAUGCUCACAGCUCGUUGGUCUACCUGGUGUCCCUUCUGGGCAGCAUGGAGCACAGCUUUCACCACACACUGCUGCUGGAGAUCAGAGCUCUGACCGACCGUUACCCAUCUUUGCUGGGAGGCUGCGGGAAAGACAUCUACAGGAUGAGCAACUCGUUCACUUCUAUAGCCCGACUGCUGGGGAGGAGGCUGGAGGAGAGCACGGCCAUGCACUGCAGGAUGGACGAGGCGUGCCCGCCGUCUCCCUGUGUAUCUCUUCCAGGAGGAGGAGUUGGGUCAGAACAGCUGCUGCAGGUCAAGAUCCAGGCCUUUGAGGAGAAAAUGGGGGGGGAGGGGGAAGAGGAAGAGGUGGAGGAAGAGUCUCCUGCCCUUCAGCGACGCUACAGCCUGAGCCAAGCUGUCAGGGAGGAGAGGAGAGAGAUGAGAUUCAACAGGUCAAAGAGCCUGGCCCUCCACGCUGUGCGCUCUCGCUCCGUCAACUCAGAUGGCGGGGAGGACGGUGAGGGGUUGGAGCCAAGCCCAGACAACAUCUUCUCCAACACAUUAGUGAAUUUGCAAUCAGAGAACGAGGAAGCACCGCCUACUGAGGGGAAGCUGGCGGGUGAUGGCUCCAUGUCUGCCCUGGACAGAGGGGUCGUAGAGGCUGAGGAAGGUCAAAGCAGGGAGAAGGAUGGAGAGAAGGAGGAGCAGGGGGAAGCCGACAGGCUCCUUAUACAUUUAAGAGACAAUAUGGAGACGAUCAGAGAGUUCUGUAAAGACAUGGUGCAGCAGAUCCCCACACCAGAGCAGUGUGUGAUAGAAGAUUCAAACAGAGGAUGUGUGGCCAAGCUGUCGUUCUCCUGUCCUCUUAAGGGCCAUUACUGUCUGUACGCCAAGUCCUGUUUCAACCUGACCAGCCGACAGCCUCAUCUGUGGAUACACAUCAUGCUGCUACAUCUGCAGAGCAAGUCCAGCGUCCCACUGUGCUCCAGGGACGAGUGUGUCCAAAGACUUGCUUCUCUUUGGGAGAAGACACAGAUGAAAGGAGCUCACAGCUUCCCCAUGGCCAUGACACAGCACAUCACGCCACACAGGAAGGACCUGGAAAGUCUCCAGAUUCAGCUAGAAGAGGUGCGUUUCUUUGACCUGUUUGGCUACAGUGAGGAAGAGGGAGGUUGGCUCUGCUUCAUGUGUAACAACCCUGAGAAGGCCACAGUUGUGAACCAGGAGGGACAGCCUCUGAUUGAGGGGAAGCUGAAGGAGAAGCAGGUCCGCUGGAAGUUCAUCAAGCGCUGGAAAACCCGUUACUUCACCUUGGCAGGAAACCAGCUACUCUUCCGGAGAGGCAAAUCAAAAGACGAGCUGGAUGACAUCCCCAUUGAGCUGAGCAAGGUGCAAAGUGUCAAGGUGGUAGCCAAGAAGCGGCGUGAUCGCGGCCUGCCACGGGCCUUUGAGAUCUUCACAGACAGCAAGACGUACGUGCUGAAAGCUCAGGAUGAAAAACAUGCUGAGGAGUGGCUGCAGUGCAUCAACGUGGCCGUGGCUCAGGCCAGAGAGAGGGAGAACAGAGAGGCUACCACCUAUCUGUGAGAGCAACACAGUUAAAGCUGCAGUACAUAACAUUUAUAAAAUAUACAUCUGCUUUCACUAUAUCCUCAAAGAAAUAAUCAGGUUCCUCUGACUCCUUCUACUGCUCCUAAAAACGACCAGAGCCAAGAAACAUAGUUGAUUGUUGAGUCUCAUUCCCAAGUCGUUAAGUGGUAUUUGAUGACCUGGGAAUGAGACUCAACAAUCAAUUUUCUUGAUCGGUUUCUUCCAAAUGCCAUUAGGAGCACCAGGAGUAGCCAGAGGAACUGAUCUGAUCUGUCUUGUGUUCUACUAUCAGGACAUAGUAAAAGUUACCUACUGCGGAUGUAACUAAUGAGGACACAUACUUUACUAUUGACGUACAUGCCAAGCACAUAUGCAAACUCAUGCAUGCACAAAUAUACACGAAGUAAUAUUUUGUUCAGCUGUACACAAACACACAAAACACUCACUGCCAGUAGUUUAACUUUAUAUCUGAAAUCAGUGGAAUACAUCUGCAGCCCCGCUGAGGGCGGUGCACCUAUCAGAAACAAUCAAAACAACUUCUUAUGCAGUAUUUUUAGAAACAAAAAAGACUCACCGUAUGGUGUGUCCAACCAGUAUGAAGGGUGGUUACAUUUUUUAAAUAGUGACUGGCUAUACUUACUGUUACACUGCGACUCUGAUGCACCUACAACUGUGGACCAUCAUAAAUGAAUGUUACAGUACAUAAGUGUGUUAGAAGAUCUUCACCUGAGUGGACCAUACAGUGUGGAAACUCCCUCUGCUUGAGCUCAGACACGACUGUGAGCUUCAACAACCAUACAAAACCAGCAUCUGUGGAAACCUGGGAUUUCUGAGUUUAAUGAUGCAUAAUGAUUGAGAUGUAUUUGAGUUCAGAGUAGUAUUUAGCAAUAAAGACUCACAGACAUCAUAAAGACUUGUAGCAAUAAUGGGACUGAACAGUUUCUCUUGAAAGCAGGAAGGCUGAAGAAGAGGAGCCUAAUGGACAGCAGAUGGGAAGGACAUUCAAUACUGGAAUAAUGUGUGCGUGUGUGUGUGUGUGAGAGAGAGAGAGAGAGAGAGAGAGAGUAUA